AUGGAGGCCCCUGAGUGGGACCCACUGAAAAAUGACACUCUUCCACCGACCCUGACGCCAGCUGUCCCUCCGUAUGUGAAGUUGGGCCUGACCAUUGUAUAUACUGUUUUUUAUUCACUGCUUUUUGUGUUCAUCUACGUCCAGCUCUGGCUGGUUCUUCACUACCGGCACAAGAGGUUCAGUUACCAAACUGUCUUUCUGUUUCUGUGCUUGUUUUGGGCUUCUCUUAGGACUGUGCUCUUUUCAUUUUACUUCAAAGACUUUGUCACAGCAAAUUCUCUCAGCCCCUUCAUCUUCUGGCUUCUCUAUUGUUUCCCAGUCUGCCUCCAGUUUUUCACCCUGACCCUGAUGAAUCUUUACUUCACACAGGUGAUUUUCAAAGCUAAGUCAAAAUAUUCCCCAGAGCUACUGAAAUACAGGUUGCCCCUCUACUUGGCUUCUCUUUUCAUAAGUCUCCUCUUCCUCUUGGUGAAUUUAACAUGUGCAGUAUUGGUGAGGACACAGAAUUCAGAGAGAAAAAUCAUUGUCUCCGUCCGGGUGGCAAUUAAUGACACAUUGUUUGUGCUCUGUGCUGUUUCACUCUCCAUCUGCCUGUAUAAGAUUUCCAAGAUGUCUCUAGCCAACAUUUACUUGGAGUCCAAGGGCUCAUCUGUGUGUCAGGUGACAAGUAUAGGAGUGACUGUUAUACUACUUUAUACCUCACGAGCCUGUUACAACUUGUUCAUCUUAUCAUUUUCCCAAACCAAGAAAGUAAAUUCUUUUGAUUACGACUGGUACAAUGUUUCAGAUCAGGCAGAUCUGAAAUGUCAGCUGGGAGAUGCAGGUUACAUAGUGUUCGGAGUGAUUCUUUUCAUCUGGGAGCUCUUACCUACUUCUUUGGUUGUGUAUUUCUUCCGUGUUCGAAACCCUACAAAAGACCUAACCAAUGCAGGAAUGGUCCCGAGCCAUGGCUUCAGUCCCAGAUCUUAUUUCUUUGACAACCCUCGCAGAUACGACAGUGAUGACGAUCUAGCAUGGAAUAUUGCACCACAGGGGGCACAGGGCAGUUUCUCUCCAGACUAUUACGAUUGGAGCCACCAGAACAACAGCUUCAUGGCUUACAUAGGAUCCCUCCAACAGGAUCCAGCAUUGGACACAGACCGGCCAAGUCCUAUGUAACUUCAAUCAACUACAGCAU